UUUAUUCCCUAAAAGGCCCCAUUCUUUUUCUCACUCCGGCGAGCCAAUGUAGAGCGAGAAGAGAUCUCCAUUCCAAUGGAAGACCUCUUCCUAUUCUAUCCCUCCUCCACCCUUCGCCACCUUUCCAAAUUCCCCUUCCUCGUUCCCAGAACACCCAAACCUUCCCAAAAUGCCCCUCGCCCUCGUCCUUCUCUUCCAACCCGAGGCCUCAGCCUUUCCGUCCCUUCCCUCGUCUCUCUUCCCGAAAAGCCCCCCAAAUUCUCCUCUCUCUCCCCCGCCGCUGAGAAGCUCGUCUUUCUCGAAUCCCUAGGCAUUGACCCCUUCUCCUACCGUCCGAUCCUCUCCAUCCCUCUCUCCGAUCUCAAAUCCACCGUUGAUUUCCUCCUCUCUCUAAGCUUUUCCUCGCCGGAGAUCCGCCGGAUCGCCGGCAUGUGCCCUGAGAUCCUCGCGUCUUCACCAUCCGAUCUCGCCCAUGCCAUCACCUUCCUCCUCCGCGAGGCCGGAGUUUCCGGCAGCGACCUCCGCCACGUGAUCAACCGUCGGCCACGCCUUCUCGUCUCCUCUGUCGCCGGCCGGCUUCGCCCAACCCUCUACUUCCUCCAAAUGCUCGGGAUUUCCCACGUAACAAGACACACCGACCUCCUGUCUUGCAGUGUCGAGGAGAAGCUCAUCCCUAGGCUGGAGUUCCUCGAAAGAUCCGGGUUUUCAUCAAGAGAAGCUCGGGCGAUGGUGAGGAGAUUUCCGCAGCUUUUCUGCUAUAGCAUUGAGGAGAACUUGAGGCCAAAGUUGAGAUUUUUAUUAGAGAAAAUGGAGAGAGGGUUGGAGGAGGUGAGGGAGUUCCCGCAGUACUUCUCGUUUAGUUUGGAGAAGAGAAUAAGGCCCCGGCACAUUGCUUGUGUGGAGAAGAAGGUGGUAUUGAUGCUUCCGGCCUUGCUGAGACCCAAGGAUGAGGAGUUUGCUUCGCGAUUGGAGGUAUGUGUAUCUUCUUCGCCGCCCAUGAGGUGUUCACCGCUUUGCCAAUGAGAUUUUGGGUAGUGGAAUGUGAAUUCUUUUGUUGUAUAAUAUAAUGUACAUUACUUUCAAUUGAAAUGAUGAUAUGGGAGGAUGAUGUUUCACUAGC